AUAAAAAAGAUUGACAAAAACAAUAGGAUUUUGUUGUCAUUAAGACUUCAGUCUCUCAGUGAAGUGGGAGAUAAGUCCAUGGAGGAAAAAGAUCCUAUUAGUCAUGACCACGGUAGUGCAAGUUCAGGUAAUGUCAAGAAAGUCAUAGAUCUCUGUGAUCGGGGAGAAGAAGCCAUAGAGUACCUCAACCUAUAUCUUAAAAAAGCUAAAGAAGUAGGAGACAAGCAUGGGGAGGGUAACGCUUAUGGCAAUCUUGGCAAUGCUUAUCACCGUCUGGGUGAUUUCAAAAAAGCCAUAGAGUACCACAACCUAGAUCUUAAAAUAGCUAAAGAAGUAGGAGACAAGCAUGGGGAGGGUGGUGCUUAUGGCAAUCUCGGCAAUGCUUAUUUUAGUUUGGGUGAUUUCAAAAAAGCCAUAGAGUACCACAACCUACAUCUUAAAAUAACUAAAGCCGUAGGAGACAAGAAAGGGGAGGGUGUUGCUUAUGGCAAUCUUGGCAAUGCUUAUGACAGUCUGGGUGAUUUCAAAAAAGCCAUAGAGUACCACAACCUACAUCUUAAAAUAGCUAAAGAAGUAGGAGACAAGCAUGGGGAGGGUGGUACUUAUGGCAAUCUUGGCAAUGCUUAUAUUAGUCUGGGUGAUUUCAAAAAAGCCAUAGAGUACCACAACCUAGAUCUUAAAAUAGCUAAAGAAGUAGGAGACAAGCAUGGGGAGGGUGUUGCUUAUGGCAAUCUUGGCAAUGCUUAUCACCGUCUGGGUGAUUUAAAAAAAGCCAUAAAGUACCACAACUUACAUCUUAAAAUAGCUAGAGAAGUAGGACACAAGCAUGGGGAGGGUGGUGCUUAUGGCAAUCUUGGAAAGGCUUAUGGCCGUCUGGGUGAUUUCAAAAAAGCCAUAGAGUACGACGACCUACAUCUUAAAAUAGCUAAAGAAGUAGGAGACAAGCAUGGGGAGGGUAACGCUUAUGGCAAUCUUGGCAAUGCUUAUUUUAGUCUGGGUGAUUUCAAAAAAGCCAUAGAGUACCACAACCUACAUCUUAAAAUAGCUAAAGAAGUAGGAGACAAGCAUGGGGAGGGUAACGCUUAUGGCAAUCUUGGCAAUGCUUAUCACCGUCUGGGUGAUUUCAAAAAAGCCAUAGAGUACCACAACCUACAUCUUAAAAUAGCUAAAGAAGUAGGAGACAAGCAUGGGGAGGGUGGUGCUUAUGGCAAUCUCGGCAAUGCUUAUUUUAGUUUGGGUGAUUUCAAAAAAGCCAUAGAGUACCACAACCUACAUCUUAAAAUAGCUAAAGAAGUAGGAGACAAGCAUGGGGAGGGUUACGGUUAUGGCAAUCUUGGCAAUGCUUAUAUUAGUCUGGGUGAUUUCAAAAAAGCCAUAGAGUACCACAACCUAGAUCUUAAAAUAGCUAAAGAAGUAGGAGACAAGCAUGGGGAGGGUGUUGCUUAUGGCAAUCUUGGCAAUGCUUAUCACCGUCUGGGUGAUUUCAAAAAAGCCAUAGAGUACCACAACCUAGAUCUUAAAAUAGCUAAAGAAGUAGGAGACAAGCAUGGGGAGGGUAACGCUUAUGGCAAUCUUGGCAAUGAUUAUCACCAUCUGGGUGAUUUCAAAAAAGCCAUAGAGUACCACAACCUACAUCUUAAAAUAACUAAAGCCGUAGGAGACAAGAAAGGGGAGGGUGUUGCUUAUGGCAAUCUUGGCAAUGCUUAUGACAGUCUGGGUGAUUUCAAAAAAGCCAUAGAGUACCACAACCUACAUCUUAAAAUAGCUAAAGAAGUAGGAGACAAGCAUGGGGAGGGUAACGCUUAUGGCAAUCUUGGCAAUGCUUAUUUUAGUCUGAGUGAGUUCAAAAAAGCCAUAGAGUACCACAACCUAGAUCUUAAAAUAGCUAAAGAAGUAGGAGACAAGCAUGGGGAGGGUGGUACUUAUGGCAAUCUUGGCAAUGCUUAUCAGAGUCUGGGUGAUUUCAAAAAAGCCAUAGAGUACCACAAACGCUUUCCAAACUAUUUUGUGUUUUCCAAAAUAGCCUAUUUUUUGAUAAAUCAAUAGUUUUCCUCUGCACGUUGAGGAAAACUAGCAAAAUUAAUCAAAUUUCGCGGAUAAAAUCUUAGAAAGAUUAAAAAAUCUUAUUUUCUCCUGCAAGAUUGAGCAUGUCUGUAAAAAACAAUGUGUUAAGAGUCAACCAUGGAAAGAUGCAGAGGUAAUCUGCAACCACUCAGGAAAUGGAUAUUAUAGGAAUUCUGCAACCACUCAGUCACUAGAUGUCACAGAAAUUCUGCGACCACUCAGCCACUAGAUGUCGCAGAAAUUCUGCAACCACUCAGUCACUAGAUGUCACAGAAAUUCUGCAUUCACUCAGUACCAUGUUGUCGCAGAAAUUCUGCGAUCACCCAGUCACAAGCUGUCGCAGAAAUUCUGCGACCCCUCAAGCACUGGAUGUCGCAGAAAUUCUGCGAUCACCCAGUCACAAGCUGUCGCAGAAAUUCUGCAACCACUCAAGCACUGGAUGUCGCAGAAAUUCUGCGAUCACCUAGUCACAAGCUGUCGCAGAAAUUCUGCGACCACUCAAGCACUGGAUGUUGCAGAAAUUCUGCGAUCACUCAGUCUCAAGUUGUCGCAGAAAUUCUGCGACCCCUCACUCAAAACUUGUUGCAGAAAUUAUGCAACCACUUAACCACUGGGUGUCGCAGAAAUUCUGCGAUGACUCAGUCACAAGCUGUCGCAGAAAUUCUGCAACCACUCAACCACUGGAUGUCACAGAAAUUCUGCAAUCACAUUUACACAAUCACAAUACAGCCAUUUAGCAAUCUUACUAAAACCAGUCAAUAAAAAAUUCCACAACAUUUGGUCAGUGAUCCUCAAUCACUCUAUGAUUUACAAUAAUUAAACUAUCAAAUGGCACAUCUUCAUAAAUGUGGUAGUUAUACUCAUCUGUUAAGGAAGUAAGAAAUAAAAUAAACAGUUCAAGUCACGUCCCUUUAUUGCACGAUCAGAUAAAUGAAAUGAAAAAAUAUAAUAAAUCCAAUGACAUAAAAUUUUGAGAUCUAUCACACAAACAAUUUGAUUCCACUUUAAAAGAGGAAAAUAUAAACUGUUAUACUGCCAUUCCUUUGAACUAUCUCAAAAACAUAUGUAAAAAUUACAACUAAUAAAAAAUUUCUUAUUUUUAUCUUGCAUUUACCCUACCCUGUAAUGAAAGCCCUUGAGGCCUUAUGGAUGGAGAGUUAAGUUACAAUAAAUCCAUGCUACAUUUCAGUAGUUUCAAUACACGGUGGCUUAGAAAAUUCGACAUCGAGGGAAAAAAAUUUUGGUUUCUUAUAUAUCUAUAUAUAUGUCCUACCUACGGCCUCGAGAUGAGAGACUCGGGUUGAAAUCGAUUGCUAAAUAAACAUCCAUAAAUAAAUAUAUUUUCCUCACAGAGUGGCAACUGGAUACGACUCGAUCGAUAAAAGACUUCAUCGAUGUAGGUGGAUUCAUUUACCACAUCUUGCUGAACAGUGUCAAAGCAAAAAGAAUACCUAGCUUUGAACUUAACUCGACUCUGUAACUUAUAGAGAAUUAAUUGUAAACUCCACAUAGGCAGAGGCCACUGAGCAACACACAAGUCAUUAAGCCGCAAUUCCAGUACAUGCGUGUUCUAAAGCAACGUUACUACGCAUGUGUCACGACACUCUAUGUAAUUUUACACAAAGAGCUAAGCCCAAUUUCAGAAAGGAAUGGCGUAAAGGAAAAAACUCAAGAUUGAAUUGUCCUCAAAGCGACAUAUCUUUCCUUGAGAAAUUUUCUUGUUGAUGGCAUUAGCUUGUUGUCUUCCGUAAGCUCAAAUGAACUGCACACUAUACAGCUCUUAGGAAGGAUCUCCACCCAUGGUCUGGAUUUUUGUCGGGGAACAUGCUGAGGAGUCCACUUUCCACAGUAAGUGCCUUUCCAGUAAUGCACCUUAAAAUUGUCCUCCUCGACGGCCAGGACCUUGCCAAUGCAGGGCAGUUUAUCGUAAUUGGCGAAGUACAAAGCCACAAAGCAGCUGACUUGAAGAGUAGCGAGGAAAUCGUCUACCAUUUCAAUAGGCGCUUCCCUUUCCCUCGGGGUCCUGUAACGGCCUGUGUAAAUCUGAAAUAUUCAACAGACAUUUCAUUAGAAUUUACUUGUUUAGGUGAGCAUUUCGACUGAGAUGUAUCAAUUAUCAAUUGUUCUUAUCAUUUUAUUCUUUGAUUAAUUAUAAGUAAUGGAUUAUGUGACCGUGUCAUAUUCUAUUAGUGCAAUUUGGUGUGAAUAAGCACAAAUAAGUUUCCAAAGACAACAAAAUUUUUGCACGAGCCUGAAGGGCAAGUGCAAUUUCGUGGUAUUUGAAAAAUUACAAGUGCUUAGUAGACCAAAUUGCAAGAACAAUGUGCAGACAAAAUUUUGAAAGUGUGUUUGCCCUAUUUGUAAUUUGGACUCAUGUUGCAACUUUGCAUUUGUGCUACAUGAGAAUUGGCUUGUUUUCAGCAAAUCAGAAGCAUGUAAUUUUAUCAUGUACAUUAUUAUAUAUCUAAAGUUGGACUUGUAUAAUCUAUAACUGGACGCAGAAGGGGUUAGAGGAAUGGACCCCUCUAAUUAUUUCUCUUUUAUAUCUGUAGGACCAUUUGAAGGCUUGGCUUUUUAGUGUCCACUGCUGCAUUUUAAUUAUUAUUCACCUCUGUGAUAGGCUGGAUCUCUUUCUCUCUGAGCUCUAAAAGUUCAUGAGGGAGUUCAGCAUUUGAGGCUAAAACAGUCCUUGAAGUAUUCUUCAAUUUAUCCACUGGCCAAGUGUAGUUGUCAGGUACUGAUAAUAGAUUAAACUCUGUAUUUGCUAACCAGGAUUCCCACUCUUCAGAUGCUUUUAAGGGCAUAUUCUUGGGAUAUUUGGUGGGAAUAUCUCUCUUCAAUCCCUCCAUGUCCAGUUUAUGUAGGGAAGGAGUCACAGUAUUUGGCUUUCCAGAGGGUAAACUCUAGUAUAGCAAAAAAAAGGCAACAAUGAAUUUGAUAUAUUAAACCUCACAAGGCAGCCAGGUGAACAAUCAAACAUGGUUUGAUUUUAUUCUGGUUUAAAUAUUAAAUAAUUGUAACUUAUCUGUUAAAUUCAACAAAAUUAAUCUUUAAACCAGAGUAGCAUCAAACCAUGUCUAGCAAUGUAUUUGUUUAGUGUAUUUGUUGGCUCAAAUUUCCUUGAGAGACAAUAAUAAGGGCUUUCUCUUUCCAUUUAAUUCUUCUUUGACUUGUACACAUUAUGAUCCCAAUCUUAAAGACAGGGAAAAGCAGUGAGAUACAUUUUAAAUUGAGGAUCAAUUUAAACCCAGCAUAUUCUUAACAUGUAAUGUCAGCAAACAUUCAGUUAUUUGGAGCAUUAAUGUUAUUUUUCAGGCCUACAAAUUGUCAGUGCCAAUGCUACUUUAGAAAACAUCAGGUAAGCUUUUAAGUUACUAUUUUAACUAUGACUCAGGAACCACUAAUUAAGAAUUUCAUGUGCUAACCUUCAGCAUUGCAAUGGGCUCUUUCCAUGGCUCAUGGCUCCAAUUUCUGUAGUGCAUAACUGCUUUUCCAUCCUCAUUCAAUGUAAAUUUAAAGCACUUUGGAACUGUGUGUUCAUGUAACUCCUCACAAUAAUCACUAAUCCAUGAUUUUAUGUCAUAAACCAUCUUGAGCAUAUAGGGCUUGGGUGUUGGAUUCUUCAUGCAUGUUUCCAGUGCCUUCAGUAAUUCUAAGUGACAGUGAAGUGUAAAAUAAAUUAAGAUCUUACAUGUACUCUGUAAAUAAGCAUUUACACCAAAUUUAUAACAUGUCAAUGUCACAUUUAAUCUGUUAAUUCAAGUGGAAGUGUUCAUACUUUCUAUAGACUAAAUUUUGAACCAUGCUCUUGCCUCGUGCAGAAAUUUGUUUGAUCACAGUGCUAGUUGCUAUGUAUUUAUAUUGAUAGAUAACUUAUGUGAAUAUUUGCCACACAAGAUUAUCACACUGCACAGGCAGUUUUGAUUGUUGAACCUCUCAGUUACUCCAACUGUACCUUGAAGUAAUUACUUUAUGUUAGAACAACUUACCUGUGACUGUGUAAACAUCCAGUUUGUCUAAGUGCUUUGAAUAAACCCCAAAAAAGGCAUCUAUGUCCUCAUGGGUAUGUCCCACUGGGAGAAAGUUAACUCUUAUCUGAAAUACAAGAAGGGAAAGUGGUGUUGUUUUUUUUUUAAUUUCAACUUCAGGUUACAUUCAUUCAGUAGUUGCAAAAAUUGAGAUUGAAUGGAAACUAACUUCCCACCCAAAUGGACCUUGAAAACAUUGCAAUGGGACAUUUUGACGCUUGAACAAAGUGCUUUGUGGGAAAUGUGAAUAAGGCAAAUGCAUUUCUUUUAAAAUUACCCAAGAUAACAUACUUUUUCAAAAAUUUUCUCUUCAACCAGAAGUGCCAAUAGAGCAAACAUGUAGCGGUUCUUGUUUUCUCUAACACAGUUGUCAAACUGCAGAUAGAGAAUGGGUGGUAGGUCAAAUUCCUCCGCCCAUCUUACAAGGACUUCCAACAGAACUGUCAUAGUGAGAUUAGAGUCAUGAGGAUACUGGUAGUAGUCAAAUGACCCAUAAAUCUCCUUUCCAUUUUGUGCUUGUCCAUUGUGAAUAAUGGAACCAACAAGGUGUGUUCCCACAGUCGUAAGUGCAGACAUUGCCUUGGUAAUUCGGCGCACACUUGGGACAUUUGUGGUGUGUUGGUCCAUACCAUCAGCAAUAUUUGCCACAUACUUUGAUGGGUACCUCCUGGCUUUAUACCUGUGAAGAUAGUACACCCUCCUUUCCUGCCUAGUGAUAUAAGGAAAAAUUAUUAUUAGUUCUUAAGACCAGAAGACUAGUGAAUUGCUUUUGAUGUGACAGAUUUUUGUUCAUCAAACUAACUGUACUUUUUUUUAAACAUUUCUCUCACCAGACUAAAUCAAGAUGAAGCUUCAGCAAGUGAUCAAUUUCAGCCCUUCUGGCUUUGUCCACAGUUUUCUCUUUCUCCUGCUUGUAUUUUGUGCAGUCUGUGCAUUUUGUAAAGCGAUUUUCCUAGAAGAUUCAAAUUGAUAGAUCAUUUCUGCAUGUAUGAGGUAUAACAUGAAAAAAAAAACUAGGCAUGGUUCAUCUCAGCAGUUUACAGACCAAACAAAGCCACAAAAUAAAACUUUUUUCUCAUGAUUGUUGGAUAAGAGGUGGUCAUGACCUACUGGGCCCCCUAUUUUGCUAUCUAGGUUUCCAUAUUUAACACAUUUUCAUGUUCUCUUUGGGUGCCAUUGUCAAAUUGUAUGUAUUGAACAGCAAUGAUAUUAUUACAUAAAUGGUUUGUAAAAUACACACACCUGUAAGUGUUAGUCAUCAUCAUACUGAAAACUAUUGCAUAUUUGGUGCCACUUACCUUGGGAAUGGUGACAUGAAGAAAAUUCCUUUCCCAUAGGCCAUAAAAAUGAGAAAGGGAUACUGUUGGCUGACUGAGUGCUUUAUUUUCCUCCAGCAUUUUUUUUGUAAAUGUCACUUUUAGUAAAGCAUGUUGGUAAAUGGAUGCCACCAUUGUCUGGUUGGUGGUCCCCUACACAGCUAACAAAAAACUGCAACCAGGCAAUGCAAUCUGCAGUCUUGCUAGUGAUUGACUUCCUUCCUUUAUUCCCAUGCUCCAGCACAUUUGCACCAUCAUUAAAUUUUCCCCAAAUUCGUCUAAAGGUUUCCUUAUUUAAAUUGUGUGCAAGAAGCCAUGCUUCCCUACACACAAUCUUUCCUUUUACAUAAAAUUCAGUUUGUAGUUCAUUGGAAUCAUCAGAGCUACUGUGUUGAUGCAGGUACUCUAAAAAAAUAGUUUCGCUUUCCUGCCUUUUUUUUUUUGCUUCAGCAUAUCUUAUGUCUUCUACAGACAGUUGCCUCAUGCACUUUUUUUUUUGCGCAACAGUUAAUGGAAAUGAUCCACAAAAUUUCCUCGUCUCGUCUAGCAGAUAAAUCUAAAUUUGAGAAAAAAUUAUGGGACCAUAUUAAAUGGAAAUUAAAACUUGUUCAAGUCUUCGUUGAAAGUAUAAUCACUUAAGACGAAGGUAACCUUGAAUUUUGAUCAAUAACAUUGAUUAACUUGCCCUUUGCGCAGUAAACGAACAAAAGCGUAAUAAAACAAGCCAAUUUAUUGUAUUACAUUGUAUUAUUACAUAUGUUUGAUAAUCUAAAUUACGACAAAGAUAGACCCAACCGAUAUCCCUCGUAUUCUACGGUGAGAGAAAUGCAGCAUGUCAAGGCUUUAGAGCUGUUAAUAAUGUAUUAUUGUUCUUUUUUUUUUUUUUGGUAAUCAUAAUCUAUUUUGCCUAAACCAAGUAUCGAAUGGAGAUGAUGUUCCCUCAUUAUUAAAGUCAAGGUAUGGGAAUGAUUUCAUCUCAACAAUAUCUGGUCUGCAUUUCCUUGUCUGAUCCUCUACUUUUACGAAAGGAUUGCGAAGUGCAUGAACAAGGCCCUUUGUAUUGAUCCUAAUUUGUGCACCCAGCCGGAUUGGUUUAUAUUGGUAUUCUUCCAUGCAAGACACAAGAUCAGUAUAUUUUAAGAUUUUUAUGUUCCAAGUAGACGCAAUUUUAAAAACGGAAGACGAUCCUCUUAUUGCUGGUACUUUAGUAGUUGCAAUUCCAAGCAUCAGAGAGCUUCGUUUUUCAUUGGAGAUUUUUAGCUUAUUGCGAAAUGACUUUUUCCCAGUUUCCUCUCGAUCAGUUAUGAUAAAAUCCACGUGUUUGUUAAGAAAUGACUUCACAGUGGCUGCUGCUAUGUUCGUAAGCCACUGAAUGAUGUACGACUUAUUUUCUGAUUUUGAUAGGUGAAGGAAAACAUUUUUCCCUUUGACACUUGAAAUGAGCCAAUGAUGAUCUGAAAGUACAAUGAAUGUGACGAAAAGUUAAAGCUUCUAGGGCCAAAUUUGCUUUUGCACGCUUGAGCAACUUGUAGAGGCCGUUGACUGCCUGCUUAUCUGUUUCACUUUAAUGCAAUUGUGUGUUCGAUGUUACUUUUUACGCUGUGUCUUAAUGUCCGGCAGUCGGAAAUUUUCAUACAAUUGCUACUGAAAGGUCCUUUCAAACUUCGUUAGAGUACCAGAUGUUUGUUCAGAAAUGUCAAGCGACUCCAAAAAUUAUUUUGAUUCUCAAGGGAACGAAUUUUCCGAGCUUGUACAUACCUUAAAAUCACUAGAUUAUCGACACUUUGCAGAACUCUGACCUUAAGAUUUCAUGGUAUACAGAAACUUGGAAAAUAAAUCUACUAGAAGACCAAAAUGACUGUCUUUGGAAUUUCUUACCAUUGAUGUCAGCGGAAAAAAAAAUUGGCUUCUUAUUUACCUGGAGGUGCACAAUCUGGUUCACAUUUUUCUGUUUCUAGAACUUUCAAAGAGGAAUCCGCAUCGUGGAGAGAAUCGCAGGAAAAAUCUGUGUCAGAUAAGAAAACCGACAUUAGAUUUACGAAGUUGUAGCAAAAACAGAAUAAAGGGCUACAGAAGUCCAACUCGUCGGCAUGCUUUGAAGAAUGAGGCAGAACACAAAAGGAUGUGUUGUGAUUCAUCGAGAGGUAAAUGAGUGGCCUUGUAUUCUGUAGUUUUGCUGUAUUUUCUCGAUUAGUGGACCCUUAUGCACGGGUUAAAGUCAACUUGAAAGUAUGUAGUGUGGCUUUGUGAUGCGGUCGGUUGUCUGUACAGUUAGAAAAAAUUGUGAUUUCAGUGAUUCGAUUACGCGGUGAUCUGUGUUGUGGCCGGAUAAUUUUUUCAAAGGUGUUGCUUUUCUCAGAGAUCAAAAACGCCCCUCUUUCGAGCUUCACUAUAAAAUUUGAAGCUCAAAAUUUCCUCACCCUGCGGCGUUUCGUCAUGCCCCAAUGAAGUAUCGGCAUCGUGAAGAGAAAUACUCGUAGCAUCUGUGAUAAGACAAUAAGUCGGCGUCGUAUGGUCAACGUUGACACUCAUGCAUAUAAUUUUUUCCGAAUAUGAGGUUAUUUUACAAUUAACAGUUAAACUGGAUCUAGGUUUACGUUUUUCUUGAAAUAAAUGGAUUUACCGUUGAAAGUAUAUCACACAGACUUUGGUUAUAUAGCCUGCGAACCAGUAUUUUCUUCUCCGCGCAAGAGAAGCAGGAGAAACAGUAAGACUCACAAUACGCGCGUUCAGCUAGAUUCUGCGACACCAAUCCGUGAUCAGUUAGGGGCUUUAAAUUACAUUGCGCAUUUAUGAUCUGUCCUCAAACCAAUCUUAAAUUAAAAUUAAAUUUGUGGUGUUAAUGAAAAAUUCUUGAGACUGGAUUGACUGCGUAUUUAGUAUUUACAUCUUCUUGAGCUCAAAAGAGCCAAGUUCAUUACCUGUAGUUUUGGAGGCACUGACAUCUAAAUCAAGCCACGCUGUUUCGCUUUCUUGUAAAGUUUCCAUUUCUAAUUGACUCUCGUUAACCGGGAUUAUUUCCUCAUGAACAAGGGGGCUUGCACUCAAAAGUUCGCUUGAAUUAUCCAAGUCAACCCACUCAGGUUCAUUGGGAAGUCUUCUCUUUUGUGGUGAUCCCAAACUACUUAAAUCGGUGUCUGAAUCAUACAAAUCAAUGAGGCUUGCAGAACUAGACGAUCUUUUUUCUGGUGUACUCGCUAAAAGCGGUUGGAACAUUUUUGUGCUAGGUGUACCAGAUAACUCCACGCAGGGUCCGACAAGAGCACUAGAGGUAUACCUUUGAUAUGGACGAAACAGACAAAAGCCCAAUUCUACGAUUACAUUAGAUCUUGAUUAGACGGAUGUAUGCGGUUUUUAAAAUAAUGGGUAGAUAUUACUUUUGUCUUGCCUCGGUUGAAUUACACAGAGGACAGCUUGCGAAUUAUAGUGGAGAUAAAGCCAGAUCAUGCUCUCAGAAAUGGUAAAAACAUUAUCGGCUCCUAUAUUUUCCUGUGUUGAGCGCAUUUGCAUGGGACAUUAAAUACUUUUACCGCGGGAGGCUGCAUUAACUGAGAGUAUUCGACACUAACCGAGCCUGGUGCUUACCGUGGUAAAGAUUUCCUCUGGUAAAUAUCCGUGGAUAUUUCAGAGAGAUCAAAGGAAGCGAGGCGGUUUUUCUUGCUUUAUUUUGCAUCGUAGAACAAUAGCCAAACUGUUUAAAAUCAAUACUAACACGCUAAUGGCUUUCGUUCGCAAGUUUCGUUCACCCGAUUUCUCGCCUCUAAAUUUUGCUUUUAAAACCAGAAAAGGCAUGGCGCUGUCGAGCACGGUAUACGUAUACUUCACCAGUAGACCUAACUUUGAUUCACUGCGGGAUGAUCUACUGAAAAUGUCGUUUACUGUUGUGUGUUUAGCCGCACCGGUAAUUGUCAGAUGAAGAAAGGAAAUGAAACACUUUUUCUUUCUUGAGAAUAAAGGUAAAGAAAGGCCGGCACGGACUCACCAUGAGGCUUUCUUGGUCGCGUCGUAUUAUCGCCUUCAAAUUAUACUUUUGCUUUCACAAGCAUAUCUUUUGAGGGAUUUUCCCUAUUUGUAAGAGAUGAUCAGAGGUUUUGUAAAAAUUGUUUUCAGCAAGGGCUGAUUGUGUAUCAGACUCCAAUGUUUCAUCAAUAUUAUGAUUUAAUUUUUUGACCGUCUGGUGGCACGUUGUGACAAAAGGCAACAAUCGUUCGUGACCUUUUGGCUUUUGUGUACGUGAAAGGGCCGAUUGUUGACCCCCGAAAGAGUCCUUCCUAUGAUGUUUUCUGGGUACCCUCAUGCUUUGAAACGUUGUUUGAAUUUCAAAAGGACCUCUUCAAAUGUUUUUUCGAAGAGUUAGUCCGAAGCAAUCUUAUUCCUUCGACUUAGUGAGAACAUAUUUUUCGCCUAAUGGGUGGCACGAAUUGGGAGGUCUCGAACGGUUUGUCAUGGGUUUUGAUGUCAAAGAUGGAAUCUUCAGCGAAUUUUUCCCCUUUAAACACUGUGGUAUCCACUUUUUAUAGUGGAUAAAUUUCAAAUCGCUACUUCAAAUCUCUGACUGGCAUACCGUGCACAUAAGUUGAUCAAGUAUUAACCGAACAUGGAGCCAUUUUCAAAACGCCCGCGGUUUUUGUUUGAUUUAGACCUAGUUAUGUAUAUAUGCCCGAUGAUACCGCCAGAGAUCGUUGGACUGUGGGCGAAAACAAAAUUAACUGUUCCCACGAUUGGAAGGAAACGACGAUUUAAUACCAAAAUUUAAAAGGCAUAGCGUGGACAAGGCCUCACAGUUAUAACACAAAAACAACAGGAAGUGUCAAGGCAGCUUUUAAGUUGCGUCGACUGGUUCUCACAGGAAAAUGUCACCUUUUUAAUUUAUUCUGAAGGUGUAAAAAGCUUUGACGGAAAUGCAGUUCAUCGCGACUCUUUUCAUCACCGCUAUUAUUGUUCCCUCAGUAGUAUAAAAAAAGGCAGUGAUGAUUCGCGAUAAGAGGUCUUUAGGUCUUCAGGUCUUAAGGUCUUCAGGAGUGUAUCCCAGAACUGAUCAGCCUUGGUUGUAAACUAACCUUCUACUUAAGAUGCCUCCAAAAGAUAAGCGCAGUAAUGAAGCGAAACUGUGGUACAUUAAAGUGAAUUCGGGAGCCGCGUAUUUAUACAGAGGAGGAAAAAAGAGUGGAAAAUUUCUUAAACAUAAUCGGAGCCGAAUCAUACCAAGACUCAUCAGGUUCUGUUGCUGAAGAAUCUGGAGCAUCACCUCCCAAGAAGAAACUCAAGGUGAUUUAAAGUAUACAGUAUACAUUUAUUGCUGACAUUGGACUCUAAAUUCCCAUUCAAUCCAGGUUAUGGCUAAAUUACUGAUGUAUCAAUUCACUGUAAGCCUAAAAUCUAUCAUCAAUUCUUCUUUCAGCUCGAAUUCACUCCAAUAAAUUCACGGGGCGCGUAUCGGUUUGGAUCUGUGAACCCACGGUAUUUUAAUAGGUUUGCAAGUGACGACUCAUUUAAGAAAAUUGUGACCAAAACGGCCGACGAACUCGCUAACGGGAUCAAAAAGAGUUUGGAGGAACUUGAAGUGGAUCAUGACCCUUCCCAUGCAGAACAACGGCCGCAUACAAACGUUGAGCUUUCUCAGUCUUUAACUCCUCUCUUCUGUGACGUUACUUCACAAUCAAGCAAGCGAUCGGGACACAAUAGGGAGGAAGGAAGUUAUAGGAAAAGUAUACAGAAGAGGUGCAACGAAUGUCAACUAGAUAGUAAGUAAGAUUUAAUAAUAACAGGCAUGUUAUCAAAUGUUACCUGCUUUGGAUCGAGAAAGAAUAAUAAGUGAAGCAUUUGUAUCAAGAAUUUCUGGCUACCUGAUAGACUGUAAACCAUGCAAUCCUGAUUUUCAUUGUAAGCUCAAUAGAGUUAACUGAUGAAUGUGGUCAAAAUAGGAUGCAUAUAGCUUUUUUAUGUGAGACUUACAUGCGGUUGAAAAAUCUGCAACCGCUUACCAUUCACAAAAAGGCCUGUAAAAUCAAUAUCAUACCAGAGUAAUACCAUGCACAUCAUCAGAUUAAAAUAGGGUAAAGUCUUAAAUUUUUCGCUCGAAGGUUUACAUAGACAGGUAUUUGUUCUUUGAGUUAUUUUUCCUUUUUUUUUUUUUUUUUUUUUAAGUGUUGAUGUUGCCAUUUUUGUUGGAUUAUUGCUAUCAUUAUCUUUAUUAAUAUUAUUAUCAUCAUUAUUUAUUAUUACUCUUAUUAUUGUUAUCUUUGAUACAACCACUAUCAUUAUUAUUAUUAUUAUUAUUAUUAUUAUUAUUAUCAUUAGUGGAAGUGGUAGCAUCGUUGUAACAUAAUGAUCAAUAGUAUUAUCAUUGUCGUUCUUUUUUUAUUUCCAGAUAAGGCACAUUUAAUUUCCAUCGACAAUUUAAUCCUCCCUCCAAAGAAAAGACAGAUAAGAGAAGUAGACACCGCCUUCCUUGAGCAGUUGAUUAAAAACAUGAGUGAGCAACCCUCUGGGAAUUAUGAAGCGCUGUUUGUCUUGGCAAAAGGAAUUACCAAGAAAGACCAGUUUGAGUUGGAAAAGAUAAAUGAAUAUAAAUAUGAAGUUCUCGGUGGAACUCAUGUUGUCUUGGCUACGAAACAUCUUCGUGAGAAAUUUCCUCACGACGCCAACUACAGCGGAAGGGUGGCCAGGAUAUAUGUUGGGCUCAAUGAUGAAGAAGCCUUGUGGUUAGGAGCCAUGCACAAUCAAACUGGGGCAUUUCGUCACGAGCUUACGUACAGGAAUGAGGUAAGGUCAAAAUUUGUCUAUUGUGAAAUGUGCCAAAUGUUGAAAACAAUUCUUAGUUUGUUUUUUGAAUUUUUAGAUUUUUUUUUUCAAAUUACUAUAAUUAUUAUCAAUCAUUAUAAAUAUAUAAUUUGAAUUUCUCGCUCUGACGAAGGGCUAACGCUUGAUACAUCAGCUUGGAACUCUUUACGGUGACCAAUUUACGUUAUCAACUCAGUUGAUAAUACCAAUAGCCUUGUCAUACUCUCCUUUCGACGUAUCACCGUAGUUUCUUAAGAAAUUAACCCCUUUAAUUAUAAGUUUAGUCUGUUCUGUUUAUAUCUUUGCUUUCAAAAUUUUGUAUGUGAAUUCAUGAGUACAUUUAAAAAAUCAUUCCAGUUUCUUUGCCAGCUGUUUGGCAAUCAGAUGCUGCUUUUUUCCAUGUUAAUUUUCAGUUGAAUUGGGAACUUUAUGUAGUUUGGAUUAUUAACAAAUGUGUCACUAAAAAUGUUUUCCAUUCCAAUAUUCAAGGUUGAGAUUUGUCGCACCCAAUUAUUCCUGCCAGCGGAAGACUAUUCAGGUGAUCCACCAACCCCUCCUGAAGCGUGGAGAGAGAAGUGUUCGAGUCUGCUUAAAAAAUCGGUAAGAUUGUGAAAAUAUAUACUUGUUACUUUCACAAGUAAUCCACCGACUUGCAGGUGUUAUUACUUGACACUUAAAUUUCCUCUCAGUGAAUGCACAGCAGGCAGCAAACUCUUAAUAAAAGCAUACGAGCGUGUUUCCUUGUAUAUGAUCAGUAGCACAGUUCUGAUGUACAAAAGCGUAACAUUGGGGUAAAAUUGAAAAAUUUAUUUAAGAACCAAUUCUUAUUAGAAUUAAGUCAGAAAGUGAAGGAAAUUGGUUCCUAUCUUGAAAUUAUGUCAUUUCGGUCGAUUCGGACGCAUUUCAAGCAAAUUUUCUAUUACCCAUGAUGCAAUGCGGCCACGCCCUUUUUUUUAAAAUUUUUUUUUAAUGCAUAAAUACCGUGUUUCAAGGAAAAUGUUUUUUUUCUCGCCACAUCUGAAUCCUAGAAACUCUAGAAUCCUUAAUCUUUGCAUUUAAUUUCACGGCCUUGUGCUUGCGAACAAAAACAGCACUUGACUGCAUGCUUGAAACAUGCGGUAUGUACUUAGGAAGUUUCCCGCUCAUUUCCUCACCUGAUGUAAUAUUUUACUUCUUAAUAAGGAAAUAUAAAACAGUCCUCAUUGAUUAGGUAGACUUUGGGAUGAUUUGGAAGUAAAGAAAACCGUCAAAAUGACAAGAGCGUCGCGCUUGUUCUUGCUAUAAAUUCGAUCGCGUAUCUUCCUGAGGAUCAAAAUUGUAGACCUAAUGUUUCGGAUGAACUUAAAUGCUAAUAUUUUCGUCGGCUUUUAACGGAUUCGAUCGAGUAUGGUACCAAAAUUUAGCUUGUCAUUUGAGCAUUUUGUUUAUGCUCCAGUGCACUUGUCGCAAACAAUACGAUUAGGAAAUUCAUUGACUGGUACUAUCGCGCGGCAGAUCACAGCGCUUGCCAACUGUUUCGGACGCAGAAAAAAAUUCAUAUCUCGACAACGUUUCAACAAAAACACAAAAAAGAUUCAAGCAAAUCCGUGAUUUUUCAAUUUGUACGUGACAAGCGUGCUACUGAUCAUAUACAACUCAAACCCAUCAAGCUAGUUCACCAUGAGGGAAAUCUACAUGUACUUUUGAGAUGCAUCAAAGAAUGUUGAGCGUGAUGGUUAAGGAAAAGUGUUGUGUUAAGUCGCCAAGACAAUUUCUCUAAUGAUUGUAGAUAUAUGAAAAUCACAUACGUGCACUGCGGUGAAGAAACGAAUAUAAGAGAUCCUCGCAGCUAUGAACACUGCUGAACUAGUAGUUGAAAUAAGGCCUGCCCGUACGGGAUUUGAACCCAUGACCUCUGCGAGAUAUUGCUAUGACUGUUGAUGCAAACUAAUCUGACAUUAAUGUGUGUUGCCUUGUAGAAAAGAAAUCUAAGUGAGAUCUUUACCAUGGCACAGCUGUCAGGAGAGGGCUGGACUCACUUUAGGAAUUUAAACGAUUUGCAUGAAAAUGCCCAAUUAAAAGGACAGAAAGCUAAAGCCUCGGACAUAGUUAAGAAAGGGAAACCUGUGCUCAGGCAGUGGCAGUUAAAACCCCUCUGCAAGUUGUCCGUAAAAGACCAAACGUUUCUUCUAAAAAAGUGAGAUAUGUGCGACAUUGUCCUUUAAAUCAUUAUCAAGUGUAUCCUGUCUUCAAAUUUGUAUGAGAUGAUUUAUUAAUUCAAUUGUUCAAUUUUCUUAUCGUCAUGAUCAUCACGAUCAUCAUCAGGAGUGUAUCUACCUGGAUUUUUCUUUUCUCUUUUGAGCCCUGUGGUUGAGGAGAGGUUUCAUACUUUCAGAAAAAUAGUGAACAUUUGAAAGCUGAUUAUCUCCGCUUGUUUUUAUUCAUCGUUUUUAGGUGGCAACUUGCGAGUUAAGCUUGGAAGAAAUGAAAUUUGCUGCCUCCGAAGUAAAAUCUCUAAGACCUGUCCAGGAGGCCAUUGUUAAAUUCUUCAAGGUCAGCACGUGGGAAGAGGCUAUUGAAGAAUUUAAAAGCGCCGUAUCAUCUGAAAAGUUGUUGCAGUUUGCUGUAAGUUGACAUGUAAUAGUACGUACCUCAGUGACUCAGUGACUUAUUUGACUGACAAUUUUUCUGUUUACUCUGUAAUUAAAUCAUGUCAUAUUGCCCUUCUGUGGCGAUUUCCCUUUUGAAGUUAAAUAUUUCAACUUCUCCAUAAAAUUUCCUUCAUUUCUAGAUGUUAUGAAUUCCAUCGCCUGAGGAAAAAAACCUUCGUUUCGAUAAUUCAGUUUUAGAAUCCAUGCAUGGAGCAAAUCAUCGUUGAUAUACUGAGUUAUUCGUUCACUAUCUGUAGGGAAAAGACUUUGAACAGACUCACGAAUUCCAAAAAUACUUGCAACGUUUAAAAAGAAUACGAACAGGAGAGGUCAUUGAGACGGCCGACCUCAUAGAGGGAAAAAUGGGAGCAUUUGGGCUCGUAGUAUUUAGCAACAGCCUGUUAGACGUACAACAAAGCGAUCUGGCAAAGUUGCCACAUUACGAGGGAGCGUUUUUAACCAUAGGUGAAGCAGGGGAGCAGUGCGAGGUAAGAUAAAAAUCUAGGUGAGACUCUCCCGCUACCGUUCGACUAUCGAGUGACUUGGAAAGAAAUGAAUUAAGUGACGAGGCAUUGUUAUUUUAAUUGCCCUUGUUAGCAUAAGACGUUAAGUUUCUUGUCGCCUUCUGUUGUUUUAAUUUUCCGAAAAGUUUCAUUUUAACCGGGAAAUGUUAUAAGAUAAGUUAAAUGAACUUAAUAUGAACAUUUACUUCAUUUUUAUGAUAAAAAAUCAUGUUACGUUCCAGUUAGGCUGAGAACGGCACGGAAAAAUCGCCUUUAACGAAUACAUGUAGGAUUUUACUACAAUCCUAAUCAAAUCCUGUUUUUUGUGGAUAACUUUUAGUUAUUUGCAUUUACUUAUUACGACUCAUAUUUUUCUCUUCACAGAAUGCUGAUGAUGUAAUUAGUACUGUUUCCCGCAUUAAUUUCUGUAAGCUUACAUCCUUCAACAUUGUUUUAUUUACAAUGGUUGAAGGUGUAAAAAAUCUUAAAGAAAAAAUGCUAAAAGAGGGCGCUACUCUGGCACAGCAUGGCUACUUUUACGUCCAAAAUAAACCUCCAACUACAGCACAAGGUAAGAUACUUCUAGAAUUAAACAACUGUCCUCAGAAGAAAGUUUUAAAAACCUCAUAGUCAACAGAAUUGAAUUAUUUGAUGUACUUGUAGAGUUAACAAAUUCUAUAAUCUGAACUUGUUUUAAACUUUCUCCUUGAGAGCGUAUUACAUGCACAAUUUAUAGUAAGGUUUGGUGAAUUAAAACGUUCCAGCAGUGUCGAAAGAAAUUAGUAAGUGUAUAAUACGCAUAUAUCAUAUUGUUGAUACUCAUUUUAAUUUUUUUUAGGUCCGUAUUUACAGGAAGCCUUGAAACCUUUGUAGUUGGACACUGGUCUGUCUCAAGGCAAAUAACCUCGAGACAUUUGUCCGCCAGUAAAGAAAAUUUGAUUUUCCUGAAUUCAUUCCCAGCACAAGGCUACACAUGGCUUGUAGAAAACCUCUCCAGAGAAGGGGACGUGGUUAUUGAUGCUGGAACCCCCAAUGGCUAUGCAAUGGUGGCUGCGUUGAGGAAAGGGCGAAGCGCAGUUAGGAUAGACAGUACCGCUUUGCCUUCCGAACAGGCAGCGAUAGAGACUAAAAUUUGUAGUCUUGUAUCUUCGUAGUCUGAUUUGUAAGUUGAAUUACCUACUCAUUAAAGCUAUGGGUCCCGUUGGGAGCCCUUAGAUUCCAACCGUGAGGUUCAUUUCACUUGUUUUAUUUAAAAGCAUGGAAAAAGCGUUAGGAUGAAGAGUAUUGUUGACGUAUAUAGAAAAACAUUAAAAAACUAGAGUUGAAAAUGACGGUAUAGAUUAGGACCCUUAAAAUUUCCUAUCUGAAACUACUGCAGAAUUUCUUCAACACUACACGUAACAUGGUGCAGAAUUUCUGCAGCACUUGACGUUACACCGUGCAGAAUUUCUGCAACACUUGACGGUACAGCGUGCAGAAUUUCUACAGCACUUGACGGUACAUCGUGCAGAAUUUCUGCAGCACUUGACGUUUCAUCGUGCAGAAUUUCUGCAACACUUGACGUUACACCGUGCAGAAUUUCUGCAGCACUUGACGUUUCAUCGUGCAGAAUUUCUGCAGCACUUGACGUUACACCGUGCAGAAUUUCUGCAACACUUGACGUUACAGCGUGCAGAAUUUCUGCAGCACUUGACGUUAAAUCGUGCAGAAUUUCUGCAACACUUGACGGUAAAUCGUGCAGAAUUUCUGCAGCACUUGACGUUACACCGUGCAGAAUUUCUGCAACACCUGACGUUACAUCGUGCAGAAUUUCUGCAGCACUUGACGUUACAUCGUGCAGAAUUUCUGCAGCACUUGACGGUACACCGUGCAGAAUUUCUGCAGCACUUGACGUUACAUCGUGCAGAAUUUCUGCAGCACUUGACGUUUCAUCGAGCAGAAUUUCUGCAACACUUGACGUUACAUCGCGCAGAAUUUCUGCUGCAUUUGACGUUAUCCAAUGCAGAACCAGGUUAUCGGAUUUUUUAAAUAUUGUGUUAAAAUCAUAGACUUUAUUGUUCAUAUAUUAAACGUUCAGAGAAUUUUGGGCACUUUCACCAUGUUUAACAGACCAUGCAGUGGAAAAUGGAAUAUUUGUAUGGGUAAAAUGCCUUGACAUUUAACUGUCCGUGGAAUUAAACAAAGUUUUGCCCUUUUGAAACGACCCUUUUCCUUCCUCCGUGAAAAUCGAAGUCUUUCUGGUGCUAUCAUUUAUGAGACAUUUCCGUGCUUUCUGCCUAGAUAGUGCCACUUUGAGGUCACCCUCCCUCUAGGUCUUUAAAAAAAAGGUGUUAUUCGACGUAUUUUUGCGGAAUUGACACUAAUUUUACUCCUAAAUAAGCCAUUUUUGGCGGAAAACGCUAUUUUGGAAAACACAAAAUAGUUUGGAAAGCGUUCACAACCUACAUCUUAAAAUAGCUAAAGAAGUAGGAGACAAGCAUGAGGAGGGUGUUGCUUAUGGCAAUCUUGGCAAUGCUUAUAUUAGUCUGGGUGAUUUAAAAAAAGCCAUAGAGUACCACAACCUACAUCUUAAAAUAGCUAAAGAAGUAGGAGACAAGCAUGGGGAGGGUAACGCUUAUGGCAAUCUUGGCAAUGCUUAUCAGAGUCUGGGUGAUUUCAAAAAAGCCAUCGAGUACCACGACCUACAUCUUAAAAUAGCUAAAGAAGUAGGAGACAAGCAUGGGGAGGGUAACGCUUAUGGCAAUCUUGGCAAUGAUUAUCACCUUCUGGGUGAUUUCAAAAAAGCCAUAGAGUACCACAACCUACAUCUUAAAAUAGCUAAAGAAGUAGGAGACAAGCAUGGGGAGGGUAACGGUUAUGGCAAUCUUGGCAAUGCUUAUGACAGUCUGGGUGAUUUUAAAAAAGCCAUAGAGUACAACAACCUAAAUCUUAAAAUAGGUAAAGAAGUAGGAGACAAAUCCUUGGAGGCAAUGGCCUACUGUUCAUUAGGAUACGUUUUCGAGUUGCAAGGUGGUUUGCCAAAAGCCGUUGAAUAUUACCAAGCGAGCAUAAACUUAUUCAAUUCCUUGAGAGUACUUCUAAAAUCUAAAGAUGAGUGGAAAGUUAAUUUUCGAAAUCAGUAUCAAAGCGCGUAUACGGGUUUGUGGAGAGUUCUCGUAGAACAAGGUAAUGUAGAUGAAGCCUUAUUAGUUGCUGAGAAAGGACGAGCUCAAGCUCUAACCGACCUCAUGGAAUCCAGUUUUCGUGGUGGAACAAGUCACCACAAGGGAGAAGAUGAAGAUUGCGCAGUUUUAAAAAACGUUCCAUCAAACACUGUCUUUCAGGCAGUGGACGAAGCUAACGUCAAUCUUUGGGUUGUGUCCGAAGGAAAACAAGUUCAGUUAAGACAAAGUAAGCUGAAAGGUUUUGUUUCAGAGAAUAGUGGAUCUAGCCAGUCCUUUGAGUCGUUCAUGCUCGGUGUCUAUACACAACUUGGUGUUCCUUCUAAUGUGAGAUGCGAGAAUCGAUCUUUAGAUGCUUUGAGGGAGGGCCAUUCAAAAGUGGAUGAGAAAACCAAAGAAGCCAACCCUCAACCUCACAUCCAACAAGACGGAUGCUUGAGCACUUUAUAUGAUAUCGUUAUGAAGCCAGUGGCUGACUUGAUUGAAGGGGAUGAGCUACUCAUUAUUCCUGAUGGACCCCUGUGGAUCGCUCCUUACGCUGCAUUGAAGGAUGGUAAUUCUAAAUACCUGUGUGAAUCGUUCACAAUCCGAGUCGCUCCAUCGUUAGCAAGUCUUAGACUCAUUGCCGAUUGCCCAGAUGAUUAUCACAAAAGCAGUGAUGCGUUACUUGUAGGAGAUCCGUGGGUAUCCGAGGUUACUAACAGCGAGGGAGAGAAAGUCCUCGAGCAGCUUCCGUUUGCUAAAGAAGAAGUAGAAAUGAUCGGAAAAAUUCUGAAUAUCACGCCAAUCACUGGUAGACAAGCCACGAAACGUGAGGUGUUAAAAAGACUCAGUUCCGUUUCCUUAGUUCACUUUGCGGCACACGGAUGUCCGGAAACUGGCCAAAUUGCUCUUACACCUGACCUAGACCGAAUAUCUACUGUGCCUACGGAGAAGGAGGAUUACAUUUUAACGAUUCGAGAUGUGUUGAAUGUUCAACUUCGCGCCAAACUUGUUGUGCUCAGUUGCUGCCACAGUGGUCGGGGCGAGAUCAAGGCUGAAGGUGUGGUUGGCAUUGCGCGCGCUUUUAUGGGGGCUGGUGCUCGGUCUGUUGUGGUAUCCCUGUGGGCGAUUGAUGACGAGGCUACUCUCCAGUUCAUGAAAUGCUUUUAUCAACACCUUGCAAAAGGUAAACCAACAAGCAAGUCACUGAACCUGGCCAUGAAAAGCCUCAGAGAAUCAGAUGAGUUCCACGACAUCAAAUACUGGGCGCCCUUUUUGCUGAUUGGAGAUGACCUCACGUUUGACCUGAUGGCAAAGGAAAGAGAAAAUUUGAAUAGAAAAUCAAAUAAAUGA